UAAUACACUUUUCCAUUCACCACCACCACCACCACCACCACGAAAAUGACAGUAGGAUUUGAAAUUGUGUUUGCAGUUCCUAUGGAGUGCAAUGAUUGCGUCGAGUCCGUCGCCAAUGCACUUAAACGAGUAGAUGGAAUUCAAAAGUUUGAUAUCGACUUAAAAAAGAACCUUGUCACUACUGAAGGUACCAUCCCACCAAGUGCAAUUGUAAGAGCAAUUCAGGCUACCGGGAAAGAUGCAAUUAUCAGAGGUACCGGAAAGCCAGACUCUGCCGCUGUGUGCAUUUUAGAAUCAUUUGACCCUAAGGAUAUCAAACAACCAGUCAAGGGAUUAGCUAGAAUUGUCGGGGUUUCACCAAAUGACCUUUUCAUAGACUUGACCGUCAAUGGAUUACCCAAGGGAACAUACUACCCAUCGAUUAGAACCUCAGGAGAUUUAUCGAAAGGUGCUCUCUCAACGGGAGAAACAUUCUAUAAUUUGGAUCCAGUGGAAUUAAGUAAGCCUUCUACUUUAGACACCACUAUUAACUCCCUAGGUGCCACUAUUCACACUGGUGAUGAAGAAUUAUACUCUGGACAAGAGUUUCUUCAUGCAAAGUUGAACGUCAAUGAAUUGAUUGGCAGAAGUGUAGUGUUGUCCAAGUUGCAAGACAAAGUCAGUUCCGAUUCGUUAGUCGGCGUUAUCGCUAGAUCUGCUGGUGCUUGGGAAAACGAUAAACAAGUAUGCAGCUGUUCCGGUAAGACUGUCUGGCAAGAAAGAACCGACGCUAUCGCCAAGGGUAUGACUGUGUAGUUCGUUUGGUUGCCAAACUUUAGUGUAUAGGGGCUAGUCACGUGCUUAGAAAUUUACGAC